AUGUUUGUAUUUCAAUUUCCAAGAAUUUUAACUUUAUUAACGUCAAUUAUAGUUUCUCAAGUAAUUACAUCGUUUUAUUAUGCAUACAAUAUUUGUGGAAAACUUCAAAUGGAUCUUCGUCGAGAACAAAAUUUUACACCGGUUCAACGAGAAGCUAUUGCCUAUGAUGUACCACAAUCCGGACCUUUGGCAAGCAUAUUAACAACAUUCGUACUGACUCUAAUUGUAACAAACGUAACCUCUGAAUUAAAUAUAAACGAUGUCCAAAAUAUAAUUAUUACGAGCUUUGUACUUUGGAUCGGUAAACCAUAA